CCUUAAACCCAAACGUAUUUACCCAUUAGUGUGAAAAAGUAGCCAAUUUUCAGUUCUUCCAACAAUCUGCUCCUGACCACAAGAGGAGUUAUUUGUCUCAGCCAUUCCUGUUGACACCUUACCCAACAAAGCAUUUCAGACAUGCAAGGGGACGAAAUAUAUACCUCUCUUCAGUGGGAUGAUCCAUCACCAAACUAUUAUGAAAAGCCUCUGUCUCCCAACAAAUGUUCAGGAACAUGGUGUCUUGUGACGGUGAUUUCAUGUAUUUUCUGCAUGGGCUCACUAACAGCUUCCAUUUUCCUGGGCAUCAAGUUGUUCCAGGUGUCCGCUAUUGCAAUGGAACAGCAAGAAAAACUAACCCAACAGGACAGAGCGUUGUUAAACUUUACACAGUGGAAGGGAAAGCAUGACCUGCUGAUGAAAUGCUGCCAAGCUCUGAUGCAAAAGUCUUUCAGUUCAGCCCGUAACUGCAGCCCUUGUCCAGACAAUUGGAUUUGGAAUGGGGAAAGUUGUUACUACAUCUUUGAAAAAUGGCAGGGUUGGCGCCAGAGUAAAGAGGAUUGCUCCAAGGAGGACUCCAAGCUUCUACAAAUAGACACCAAAGAAGAAAUGGAUUUCAUCACUCGCAUCUUAUGGAAAACCAAAAAAGACUUUCAUUUCUGGGUGGGACUGUCUCAGGAAGGACUCAGCGGACCUUGGCUUUGGCAAGAUGGCUCCUCUCUUUCCCCUGACCUGGGGUCAAUUCAGAGAUUCCAAUCGAUUAAUGAAGACUGUGGAUACCUCAGGGAUAAGUCCCUUUUUUCAGCUAACUGCAGCAGUUGGAAAUAUUUUAUCUGUGAGAAGUAAGCUUUAAGAUCCACUGUCCAAAAGAAAUAGUGCUCGAAGCGAUCUCUCCAUCACAGUCGUAUUUGAAGACACCAUUGGAAAACCUGUCGCCAAAAGCCAAAGAGCAAGUGCCGAAGUAAACCAAUAUGUGGUCUAUGACAACUAACUUAGUUUUGUAUUUACACUUGGAAAUAUUCUUAAUACACUCCAGGCUCCCAUUUUGACAUAGCUCAAUCUGUCAAGAAUAAAAUUGAUCUAGAGGUACAGGGUACAAAACCCUGAAGAACUGAGAGCAAACUGAAGAAAAAUCAUUUCCAUAUGUCUUGUUUAUUUUGUGCGUGUGUGUGUCUGCAGUAGCUAUAAUCCCCACACAGAAAUCUGUGAGUCACUGCAGAGUUGGUGCAGUUCUAGCUGACUAGAAUUUUCAAAUAAAUAAAUAAAUGUGGCCUUUCAAACUCACCAUCUGCCAGAUCCUUCUUUGA